AUGUCCGGGUUAGAGGUCGCCGGAAUCGUCCUUAGCUCCAUACCUCUUCUCAUCAUUGCACUGGAGAAAUACACUGAGGGUCUGUCCACUUUGCAUCGAUGGCGCAAGUACAAGCGCGAGCUACAGAGCUUGAUUCGCAACCCGGAAACUGAAAGGAUCAAACUCCAAAAUUUCUGCGAAAAGCUUCUCCUAGACUUGGUCCCUCAUUAUGAUAUUGAGGCGUUGAUCGAUAACCCAAUGGGAGAUCUUUGGCGCGAAGAAGAAAGGUUGAAGAAAGUUCAGUUUCGCCUUGGGAAGGGCUUCAAGGUUUUCCAAGACACUGCCAAUGACCUAAGGGCAACGCUUUGUGAUAUUGGGAGGUUGAUCGACUCCCAAGGUGAAGGGAUGUUCCCAGGUCUUAAACGAGCUGUCUUUACAUUGAGCCGCUCACAAUACGCAGGUAUCCUGAUGGAAAUCAGAGACAGCGUAUCGAAUCUCGAGAACCUGACAAACCAUAACAUGGAGCUCGAACCUGCACGGAUAGUUAGAUCCAAGCAGAAACAUGGCGACCAUGUGGUGUUCGAAGACAUCUCAACCAUUGGUGCCUCGCCGCCCCUUGGGCUGUCGAUUUCAGUAGGGCUCGAGAUCGGAGGCAUCGCCCUGAGCCUGCCCUUCUUUAUUGCUGCGAUGUUGUAUGCCCUUGCUGCGAUAUUACUGCUCUUGGGCAUGCCUAUAGACUCUGGUGCCUCCGACACCUAG